AUGGCUCCGAUUGCUGCUGGACGAUCGGCGUGCGAAAUAAUUGGAAUCGUGACAGGAUGCAGCGAAAGACAUGCUGUGGUAUGGAUUGAGAGCGAAAAACGCGAGGAGAAAAUACAGCUUGUUGAUUGCUCCGAGAAUAUCCGACUUGGUGACUGGCUCGAUCUUACAAUACCACGUGAAAUCCGUAAAAUCGAACCUCGCCUGGAGACACGAGUACUGGAAAAUGGAAUUGUUCAGGUAUAA